AUGUUUUUGUUCUUGCCAUCCUUGAAUGGCUUUCAGUUAACCAGAACGACCCGCCUUCUUCUUUCAUGGAGACCUAGGUCAGAACAGUUCGCCAAAUGGGAUUCUGCAACUGCUCUCUACGACGCAAAGACUACACGACGCGCGGUGCUACAAUCGAUGGCGGCGAUAUCCAUUUGCUUCAAGACGAGUCCCGCUCAGUCCCGGAUAGAAGGUCCAGAACUUCGAGGACUCGACGAAUCGACAGAGAACCAACCACCCUUUGUGGAACUCGGCGAUGGAGUGAAGGCACAGGAAAUUUCUGGCGGCAGAGGGGCAUCCCGAGUUGAAGACGGAAGCAUAGUAAGUGUCAAAUACGUCAUGAGGCGAAGCAACGGUUAUUUUAUUGAUGCGAGCUACGGCUUCGAUCGUUUUGAGACGUACAGCUAUCGCGCCGGAUCGGGCCAAGUUGUCAAAGGCUUUGACAUCGCAGUGCGCGGUAUGGGAAUUGGAGGAAGACGACGAUUUGUUCUUCCUCCACGUCUCGGCUACGUGACCGGAACAAGGAAGAAUGACCCUGGUCCGAUUCCUCCAGACUUCGGUGCAAGGAGAUCGCUUGCCUCGCAUGCAAAGGAGCCUCUGAUAUUUGAGGUGCAGGUUGUAAAGAUUAGAUAG